UUUUUUUUUUUUUGUAAAAUAUGGCAUGCGAUAAAAAUAAAAGGAUCCGAUUGCUAGAAGGAGUAAAAUUGGAACCUCCAACAAAGAAAUACAAAGUUCAAUCUGGAAUGCAAGGUGAACAAAAAUUGUUCUCGUCUGUGAACAAACAAAAUGUUUUGGUUUCAUCCAACAAAGAUUAUAGAAAUUCAAUGACAUUGAAGGAAAGUUAUGUUUCUCUUAUAGAAAAGAUUAGACCUACGAAUCCGGAAGAGUAUAUCGGUCAAAAACAUAUUCUCAGUCUCCACAGCGUUUUGUAUCAAUUAAUCCGGCAUAAAGAACUUCCAAGUAUGAUCUUAUGGGGACCUCCUGGUUGUGGUAAAACAACGUUAGCUAAGAUAAUAGCAUGCACAUGUAAAAAAUCAUCCAAUAACAUGGUACACAUGGUAGAACUCUUGGCAACAACAUCAGGUAUCAUUGAUAUUAAAACAGUGGUUGCAUCUGCUAUAAAGGAAUCUAAGCUUGGUUAUAAAACAAUCGUACUUAUGGAUGAAAUUCAUAGAUUUAACAAACUCCAGCAAGAUGUUUUCCUGCCUCAUGUCGAAGCUGGUACAUUCACUUUAAUCGGUACUACCACCGAAAACCCAUCUUAUAGUUUAAACUCCACUUUGAUCAGUCGAUGUCGUCUGUUUGUUUUGAAGAAGCUAUCGACGACUGAUUCAAUCUCGAUACUUGAGCGAGCUGUAAAGUCCACAAAGGGAAAAAUAUUAACAACAUUAGAAGAUUUAAAUUGCAACUCCGUGGCAGCACCUGCAUUCACCGUGGAUGAGGAAACAAUAAAGUGGUUAGCUGUAACAUGUGACGGAGAUAUUCGUGUUGCAUUAAGCAGUUUAAACUGGGCAAUACAAUCAAAAGUAUUUAAUAGAAAUGCAGUUUUGUCUAAAAAUCAACUAUAUCCAAUAGAAGUUAAAGACCUCAAGGAAGGCCUUCAAGAAGUACAUGUAUUUAAUGAUAAAGAAAACAAUUUAUAUUAUGACAUGAUUUCUGCAUUGCACAAGUGCAUACGAGCAAACAAGGCAAACGCAGCACUUUACUGGUUAGCAAGAAUUAUGGCAGAUGGACACGAUCCUGUAUACAUUGCAAAACGCCUAGUUAGGAUAUCCAGUGAAGAAGUAGGCCUGGCAGACAUCGAUGCAUUAGGAAUUGCAGUACAUACAAUGCAUGGAUGCCAAAUGUUAGGAAUGCCAGAAUGUGACAUUCUUUUGGCCCAAUGUGUUGUCUACCUAGCACGAGCUCCGAAAUCACGUUUAAUUCCUAACGCUUUGGAAAUCGCUCAUAAAGUCAUACUGAAUCACAAUGGAUUGCAUCCACCUGUGCCGUUACACAUGCGAUGCAAACCAAGAGAUGCGCAAUUAAUGUCAGUAAUUGAAACUGCCAAAGAAAAUUCAUUAAAAGAAGAGAACCUGAAUCAAAACUGUUUGCCACCUGAAUUAAAGAAUACAAAUUUCUUCAAAGAAGAAAGCCUGGAUGCUGAAUAGUUAAUUUAUUUUUAAUCAUUCUAUCUUUUCUGUUUAUUUUAUAAAUUACUCAAGCCACGAUAUUUGACAUGUAAUUAUAAGAAUAAACGUUACAUUGUUGGAAAAAAGGAUAAUCUUUUAGUGCUAUCCGCUAUAUCCUAUACCAAUCUGAAAGUAUUCAAGGUUACUUUUCGCUUAUAGUAAUAACACCUCAAUGAAAGUCUUUUUAAAA